AUGGACAUGAAUUUGUCAGCGCGUUGUGCUUUGGUUCUUUUUCUGUUGGCAUUUGUAGAUUUGAAAAUAGUCUCUGCUGCAGAAACGGGAGGCACAUCUACAGCAAAGCCUGGAGUGUGCCCUCGUAGACGAUGGGGCUCAGGGAUAUGUGCAGAGUUCUGUUCCAAUGACAGUGACUGCCCCAAUGAUGAAAAAUGCUGUCACAACGGAUGUGGGCAUGACUGCAUUGCACCUUACACAGCAAAGCCUGGAGUGUGCCCUCGUAGACGAUGGGGCGUGGGGACGUGUGCAGAGUUCUGUUCCAAUGACAGUGACUGCCCCAAUGAUGAGAAAUGCUGCCACAAUGGAUGUGGGCAUGACUGCAUUGCACCGACACAG